AUGACUAUGCAACUCUAUGUCUGGAGCCCAGCACUCGAUGCACCCUCCAUCGAUCCGAAGUGUAUUGUCGUCGAAGCCUAUUUACGUCUGCUUGAAGUCAAUUUCACCAUUGUCUACGCCAACGAUCCACAAUGCAGUCCAACAGGCGAGUUACCAUUGCUGAAGGACGGCACAACAUGGGUAGCAGGCGUGGAUCGUAUCUUAGCUCACUUGGCGAAGCGUGGACUUGACGGCAACCGUGAGUUGUCACCCGAGCAAAAGGCUGAAUACCUUGCAUACAGCGCCAUGACAGAAGAAAAGCUGAUGGAUUGCAUGCUCUUUACAUGGUACGCCGACAUGACCAACUUUGUCAAGAACAUCCGACCAACCUAUGCCAAGAUCCUAUCAUUCCCUUCUCGGUACUUGGUUCCCAUUCAAUUGAAAAAGAACGCCAAGGCACGCCUUGCCAAAUACAGCGUUGAGAUCACGGAUGAUGACAAGGGUUUACCUCAAAACGAAGUGGAAGAAAUGAAGGAAUUACAACGCUCAGGAUGGCACUAUAUGUAUCGGUUAGCAAGAGAAACAUACGCCGUCCUUGAUAGUCAAUUAGCCGAUAAGCCAUUCAUGUUUGGAGAAAGACCCAGCACACUUGAUUGCGUUGUAUUCGGCUACUUGGCACUUCAUCUUUAUCCCAACCUGGCACAUCGACGAUUACAGCACAUCUUGAUCAACGAGUAUCCUCGCUUAGCAAGCUAUUGUGAUCGUGUCAAGGAACGAUUCUUUUCCACUGAGCAAUCUCAAUCAGAGGCAGCACAAGACAUCCCAUCAUUAUGGCGCACAUUUUGCAAUAAUCCCCGUGCCUUUUUCAGCAAUAUCAAGCAAGAUGCAAUGGCCUACAUGGGUAAUAGCGAUGCUCAAGAUAAGCCCAAGAAAUCAGAUGCACAGCUCGAGUUUGAACGCAAGAGGAUAUGGUCCAUUGCAGGAGGCGUCACAUUUUUAUUGGCUUAUGUGAUUUACAAUGGCAUUGUUAGUGUAGAGUUUGGUGAUGAGGAUGAUGAGGACGUAGAAUAUGAGAUGGAUUAUGAAGAAGAUGAGAUGUAUGAUGAUGAAGAAGAUGUUGAUUUGUAG